CGGACCCGCUCUGCGUAGUUCCUGUGUGAAGUCAAAGGGGACAGACCGAACCCGCAGAGCUGAACCAAACCCGCUGGUUGUUUUUCCUGGAUUAGUAUCAAAACAAGCUGUGACAUGGAGGUCAGCACUGAGGCCAAAAGGAUCAUGGUCGUGGCUUUGGGGAAACUGUACAGCUCCCGAGCCCAGAGAGGGGGUCUGCGUCUCCACCGGAGUCUCCUCUUGACUCUGGUGAUGAAAUCCGCCCGGGACAUGUACCAUGCGGCCCAGGCGCCGACAGAAAGUGUUGCAUCUGGAUGUGAACAACAACAACAAUGUUCGAGUGAGAUAACCACAGGACCUAAUGGUGCUCAGCUGGACCUUCAGGUUCAUAAUUCGCCUCGGACUUUACCCCAAGAGGAGGUCCAAGGUUCUCCCACAGAGCUGCACCGCGACGCACCAGCGCGCAACGACGCAGAAAACAAGGAGAACCAGUGCCCGGGUGGCCCGCUGCAGCUUUCGAGGAAAAGGCGGGGUAAAGCAGCCGUGGAGCCGGACUUUCUGCCGUGCAAGAAAGCAAAACUUGAGCAGGGACCAUGCCCUCCACAGCUCAUUGUAAAUUCAGUUUUGAUGGACUAUGUGAACUGCAGCAGCGAACUGGGGGCACCCCCAACCCCCAUGCCUCUACAGAGAGUCAUCGCAGCGUGUUGAAGCCCGGCGCGGCCGCGCAUAUUAAGUGGUAUAAACUUUUCGACACGACACGGGAGCCUGGACGCGCCUUCCAGCCUGCUCGUAUGGGAUAGUAUGUCCCAGACAUGACUCUGAACAAGCCGGGGCAUGUUAACGGGAAUCACAGAAGCAGUCCCCAAGUUGGUGUGUAGUAGUGCCGGUGACUUUUGGCCUAAUUGUUUGGCCUCGGAUCACCACAGGGACUGACUCGAGCUGGCCAAAGGCGGAACUAAAAGGAACUGGUUCAACUCGAUGAGGCCUUGAUCUGCCUUUGUGAACAUUUACAAGUCUGUUGAAGUGAAGCUUGUUGACAAUGAUCAGCAAAUGUAUUGUGUGUUGCUGGAAAAUGCUGAAAGAAGUUGGAAAAUGUGUUGAUGAUGAAAUUCAAUUGUAAAACAUUCAAUGACUACAACUACCUCAGUAUUUAUUAAACAUUUUUUCUACAUAA